CUCUGGUCUCUUUUAGAAUACGGCGCUUUCUCAGACAGAUGUGAGGGCAUAAUUAGUAAAAGACUCAUCUUAUUUUCGUAGCAAAAUGAGUUAACAUUUUCUUUCUGCGUUUUCUGUAUGUUGCAUAUUUCAGGUUAAUCCCUACAAUAUGUGAAUCCAACCAUUUUUCUUCUUUCUUCCAACGUUGAAAAUAGCCCACAUUCUUGCGUAACUUGAUCGAAAUUCUGAACUUGAAAAAAACGUGGAUGUAGUAUUGGGGGUAUACUUGAAUUUGGGAUGCCACAACCAAUUACGUUUGGAUGAAUUGUUUAGCAUGAGACCAGGUGAGUCAGUCUUCGUGUUUGUCUAGUGAGGCUACGCGCGCAUUGCCCACGGAUAGAACGAAGCGGUCUGCUGGAGAACAGCGCAGUGAUCUGCCGUGAUCUGUGCUGGGGAUUACGCCUUCGAACACUGGGGAAAAGCCAGGGACGCAAAUAUGGGUUCGAAGCAGUGUGACGGGCGACUGGCCCACCUCCCGCUCAUGCUAGUCGUCCUCCAGGUCUUGCUGCCACUCUGCUCUGGUGAACGCACCUGUCCUCACAGCUGCCGUUGUGAGGGGAAGAUUGUUCACUGUGAGUCAGCUGGCUUCCUGGAUGUCCCUGAGAACAUCUCAGUGGGCUGCCAAGGCCUCUCUCUCCGCUACAAUGACCUGCACACGCUGCUCCCCUACCAGUUUGCCCACCUCAACCAGCUUCUCUGGCUCUACCUGGACCACAACCAGAUCUCUGCUCUGGAUAGUCGGGCCUUUCAGGGAGUCCGAAGAUUGAAAGAACUAAUCCUCAGCUCCAACAAGAUAUCUCAGCUCCACAAUUCAACCUUUCAUGGGGUACCCAACCUCCGCAGCCUAGACCUGUCUUACAACAAACUGCAGGUGCUACAGUCGGGCCAAUUCCAUGGCCUGAAGAAGCUGCAGAACCUCCACCUCCGCUCCAACGGCCUCACCAACGUCCCCAUACGGGCCUUCCUUGAAUGUCGUAGUUUGGAAUUUCUGGAUCUGGGCUACAACCGUCUCCGGGCCCUUACCAGGACCACCUUUCUGGGACUGCAGAGGCUCAUGGAGCUGCACCUAGAGCAUAACCAGUUCUCCAGGAUCAACUUCUUUCUGUUCCCACGUCUUGCUAAUCUUCGUGCACUCUACCUGCAAUGGAACCGCAUCCGAGCAGUCAACCAGGGCCUGCCAUGGACCUGGCACACGCUGCAGAAACUGGAUCUGUCUGGCAAUGAGAUCCAAAUCUUGGACCCUGCCGUGUUCCACUGCCUGCCCAAUCUCCAGAUCCUCAACCUGGAGUCCAACAAGCUGUCUAAUGUAUCCCAGGAGGCAGUUUCUGCUUGGAUCUCCCUGACCACGAUUAGCCUGGCUGGGAAUGUGUGGGAUUGUGGGACAGGCAUCUGUCCCUUGGUGGGCUGGCUGAGGAACUUUCGUGGCACGAAAGACACCACCAUGAUAUGCAGCAGCCCAAAACAGCUUCAGGGAGAGAAGAUCAUGGAGGCUACAAGGAACAACGGAAUAUGUGAGGAAACGGAAUACUUCCAGACAGAAACUGCUUCACCAACUCCCGAUUUCAUUGAAACUACACCCGACCCAACCCCAGUCCCUACCAGCCCCCCUCCACCUUUGCCUCCACCCACCACCCUGACCCCUCUACCCCCACCUAGGCCUCAGCCCCUUCCCCGACCUACCUUCCCCAGCCGGGUAGGGAUGAACCCCAGAGACUCCCCUCCCCGAGCUCGGCCUUCCCUCCGCAGCCUGGUGGUGACUCAGCCCCCGGAGCUGGAGCACAUGUCCUUCCACAAGGUGGUCGUGGGCAGUGUGGCACUCUUCUUCACCAUGUCACUCAUCCUGACCAUCAUCUACGUGUCGUGGAGGCGCUACCCAAACACAGCACGGCUCCUGCAGCAGCGCUCCGUGGUGGGCCGCAAGCGGCGGAAAAAGAGCCCUGAGCCGGAGCAGAAUCUGAGUUCCCAGCUGCAGGAGUAUUAUAUGAGCUACAACCCGGCCGCCACCCCAGAGGCCUUAGAAGUGCUGGGCAACGGGACUGGUUCCUGCACCUGCACCAUUUCCGGCUCCAGGGAAUGCGAGAAUGAAUACACAUGUCCCCGUCCACUACCUGGAGCUUGGCUCGGAGACAUACCCACCAUUCAUUAGAAGACAUGUACCUGUUAUCAGUCAGUUGCUUAAGGAAGAAGCCACAGGACCCACAACACUUCAGUCCUCUUCCCCCACCUCCCCACCCCUUAUUGUGCGAACUGACCCUGCAGUGGCAGUUUCCAAACGUCUUCUAGAGAUUGAAGUAUACCUCCACGAGCCCAUGGACGACUGAAUAUGGGAACAAGAAGAACUUUCGUGAUUUCUAUUAUAACGAAUAUUUAUGUUUUCUUUUACAAGGUCCCUCUUCUCUUUCUCACUCUUGGUUCUCAGCUGCUCAAAGACAGUGUCAACUACGACUAAUAGUAAAUGCACUGGGCACAUUAACUCUCUUACUGGGCCAAUUAGUUUAGUCCGGACUGACAACGAUUUGGAACACUUCACCUAUGAGCACUGUUGGCAUGGAAACGUGGGACUCUGAUGGGCAGCCUGUGACACAAUGGGUGGUGUUAGCCUGUCAAUCUGCUCAAGGCUGGCGAUGUGAAAAUGGCCUGUGGAGCUUAUGGACCGUUACAGCUAAUGGCGGUGACAAGUGGGCAGGACUGUGACUGCCCAGACACCUAGUCACUUCCUACCAAGUUGCAAACCACAGGCUACAUUUUAGCUAGGUUGUAGCUCAGCAACGACCUGAUGAUGUGAACUGAACAAGUAGCUCCGACUGCCUGGCAAAAUUGUAAAUGUGCAAAAUUAGCAGUGUGUAAUUGUAAAUACAUUUCCAUGUUUUUUUCUUUGCUGUUGAACAACCCAUGUUUUGGAUCUGUGGUUUUGAAAAAGAUGAAUCAUUUCUAUUCUGUCAAGAUGGCUUAAACAUAAGCUAUCCUAUCGUGUAUGGCUCAGAAGUGUUCAUGUGGAUUUUGUUUGCUUUACACAUUUGCAGCAUGUACCUGUCUGUUGAGUAAUAUUUGAGUUAAGUUCUCAUUGUUCAUCUAGUCCCCUGGGGAGCUGUAAAAAGCUGCAGUCAAUAGCUGGAGGUACUCUGAAAAUUCUGAGAAUCUAGUCUGUAGAGAACAACGGAUGCUCUUGCCAAUCACACCUGGUGUUGGAGGAACUCAACGUCUUCCCACAUCCAAACACCUGUCAUUACCUGGCCCAUAAUCAGGACAAUGAAAAAAGACAAAGUAAAAUGAGAAGUCUCAACAUGCCAAACUGUAGUAUAAGAACAUUUCUAAUAUUUGGCUGCCAUCUCAGUCUGACACCAAAGGCCUUUAGGGAUGGAUAUUUGGGCUCUCUGUCUGUGGGCACCAGAAGAACUCUAGCUGUGGUGCCACUGUCAGAUUGAAGACCGAAGGAUUUCACAGUGAAACCGAUUAGAAGCGGUGUUGCCUCGGGGGGAAUUCUCAAUGAAGUGAGACUAGUGCCACGGCGUCAGAAGACUACAGGGAUGGAUGUUCUGGCUCCAAACAGUUCUCUUUUAUCUGUGUGUGUGGCUGUGUGUUUGAAUGUAUUUGUGUGAUGGAAUGUGUGUGUGUGUGUGUGUUUGAUGGAAUGACAAAUGUUCCGGAGAGAAUUUCUUGGAUUCCUCUGGAAUCUAUGCAGAUGGAUGAUGCCUCAACUCCCUCCCUCUCUUGAAGCACUAAGUUGCUGUGCUCUUCUGCCAAAUCAAAUGUGUGUGUGGUGCAUUGGUGUGUCUGCAUUGCUUGGGAGUGUGUAUAAGAUAAAAUAGUCUGUAUGUGUGUCACAAAUCAGGUUGAUACCACCGCUAAACAUAGACAAGGCACGGCUCCAGGACACGACCUCUUACCCUCCUAUCAGCUAGGUUUUUAGGAAUGACUUCAUCUUAUUUAUAGUGUCCUAAAAGGGAAUAAUGUAAUGUAAUGAGUUUCACAUCAAACUAGCUCAUUAAAUUGCCUGUUGAAAAUCCCCCUCCCCCACCCCCCUAACUCAAGUGCGCACUUGUCUAACUUCUGCGUGCUGUGCACUGUGCUGGCUACGGGCACCAGACAGGGAGUUUCAGCUACACUGUUGGUAGGCUACUUUUCCUCUGAUAAUUUGUGAUGCGACUGCAUCACAAUCUCCUUAAAGGGAUAUGUGAAAUCCCCUUUAAAAGGAUGUGCUAUAUUUCUCUGGGUUUAUGCUUAUGUGCAUGAGUGCAGCAAGAAUGAGAGGGACAGGGGAAACGUUUGUUUCAAAUUCAUUCUUCAUGUAUUCAAAUGCGGUUGAGCUCGGAGGUGUUUGCCUCAUCGCAAAAUAGUAUUCAUGGAUUUCUAUACUGAAAAGAUAACUAUUUUCUACUGUAUAUUUCUGCUUUCCUCCCAUAAAGGUAUUGAACAUUUUAUAAUUAACUAUUAUUUGUUCACUGAAAACGGUUCUGUUUUAUAAUGAAAAUGUCUGAAUCAGUCGUGAGCAAUAUAAAUUCGUCAAAUGGAAACGUUCACUGAUUGUUUCUUUUUUAUCCUGCUUUAAUGAAACCAUACAUUUGUUACGAAGCUGUUCUCCA